AUGGCUAUAGCUGUCUCACGAGAAAUAGGAUAUGAGCAUCCCUGCUUAGCACAGCAGCACAACAGCUGGGUCGCAGCACAAAUGACCCCUCUUCGACUUCAAGCGGUCGAUUUGGUGACGAUCUGGUCCAGCUCUGAACUCGAAGCGGCGCGGUUCUCCGCGAAUCCAUUUUUAUUCGCGUCGCGCCCUGGUGCUUGUUGGUCGUCGUUUGCAUCUGUGUGGCUGCAGUUCGUCGCUUGUUUGUGUUUUGGAAUCUGA